GCCAAGCGCGGCUUCCAGGGAGACGGACAGGGGCUGGGGGGCGGACACACGGCUGCACGGGGAAGCCGGACCAAGGGGGAGGCGAGGUGGACAGACGGCGGAGGCAGCCGCGUACACGGAGAGGAGGGACAAAAAGGCAGACGGCAACAGCGAGGGCUGCUGGGGACCCAAAGGGACAGGCGUGCGCCUCACUGAGGAGGCCAAGCAUCCUUCCACCUCUGCGCAGUCCUGCCUCCUCAGCCGCCGCCAGCCUCCCUUGCCCCGGCGCGCGGGGUGGCCAGGGUCGCCCUUGGCGCCUGCACCUGCUCUUCAUGGCCGUCGUCGGGGCGGAGACACGGGCCACGUUCGGAGCCUGGGACUAUGGGGUCUUCGCGCUCAUGCUCCUCGUGUCCACAGGCAUUGGGCUGUGGGUGGGGCUGGCGGGGGGUGGGCAGCGUAGUGCGGAGGACUUCUUCACGGGGGGCCGGCGCCUGGCUGCCCUGCCGGUUGGCCUAUCGCUGGCCGCCAGCUUCAUGUCCGCUGUGCAGGUGCUGGGCGUGCCCUCCGAGGCCUAUCGCUAUGGCCUCAAGUUCCUUUGGAUGUGCCUGGGCCAGUUGCUCAACUCCCUGCUGACCGCCGCCUUCUACCUGCCAGUUUUCUACCGCCUGGGCCUCACCAGCACCUACCAGUACCUGGAGCUGCGUUUCAGCCGGACUGUGCGGCUCUGCGGGACCCUGCAGUACUUGGUGGCCACAGUGCUGUACACUGGCAUCGUGAUAUACGCCCCUGCGCUCAUCCUGAACCAGGUGACCGGGCUGGACAUCUGGGCGUCGCUCCUAUCCACUGGAGCCAUCUGCACCUUUUACACCACUGUGGGUGGCAUGAAGGCUGUGAUCUGGACCGAUGUGUUCCAGGUCGUGGUGAUGUUGGCUGGCUUCUGGGUUGUCCUGGCCCGUGGGACCAUGAUUGUAGGUGGGCCCAGGCAGGUGCUUGAGCUUGCUCAGAACCACUCCCGGAUCAACCUGAUGGACUUUGAUCUGGACCCACGGAGUCGCUACACAUUCUGGACUUUUGUGGUGGGUGGCACGUUGGUGUGGCUCUCAAUGUAUGGCGUGAACCAAGCACAGGUGCAGCGUUAUGUGGCCUGCCGCACGGAGAAGCAGGCCAAGUUGGCCCUGCUCAUCAACCAGCUGGGCCUAUUCCUGAUUGUGUCCAGCGCUGCUGGCUGUGGUAUCGUCAUGUUCACAGUCUAUAUGGACUGUGACCCCCUCCUCAAAGGGCGUAUCUCUGCCCCAGACCAGUACAUGCCCCUGCUUGUGCUGGACAUCUUCGAGGACCUGCCUGGAGUCCCUGGGCUCUUUCUGGCCUGUGCCUACAGUGGCACCCUCAGCACCGCAUCCACCAGCAUCAACGCCAUGGCUGCCGUAACUGUGGAGGACCUCAUCAAACCACGGCUGCCCAGCCUGUCGCCCCGGAGACUCAUAAUCAUCUCCAAGGGGCUCUCGCUCAUCUAUGGCUCGGCCUGUCUUACCGUGGCGGCUCUGUCCUCGCUGCUGGGGGGCGGCGUCCUCCAGGGCUCCUUCACCGUCAUGGGUGUCCUCAGCGGCCCCCUCCUCGGAGCCUUCACUCUGGGAAUGUUCCUCCCCGCCUGCAACACGUGGGGCGUCCUCUCCGGGAUAGCGGCUGGCUCGGCGCUCUCGCUGUGGGUGGCGGUGGGCGCCACUCUGUACCCGCCCAGCGCGCAGUCCAUGGGGGUCCUGCCGUCCUCUGCCGCCGGCUGUGCCGAGCCCUCAGCCAACACCUCUGGCCUCUUGGGCCCGCUCCUGGCCAUCAACACCUCCAGCGGGGCUUCCAGAAUGGACCUUGGUCGAUCCACCUUGGCUGACAGCUUCUACGCCAUUUCGUAUCUUUAUUAUGGUGCCCUGGGCACACUGACCACCAUACUAUGUGGAGCCCUUGUCAGUUGCCUGACGGGCCCCACCAAGCGCAGUGCCCUGAGUCCUGGUCUGCUGUGGUGGGACCUCAAACAGCAGACAGCUUCGGUGACCCCCAAGGAAGAAGCGGCCACCCUGGAUGACAGCUUGAUGAAGGGGGCUGAGGAUCUAUCUCCCAGAGCCAAGAGGCCUCCUGACUUCCUGCCCAUUGAUGACGACCGUCUGCUCUUCCUGGGGCAGAAGGAGGUAAAUGGAACCACCUCUGGCUCCUGGACCGCUGGCAGUGGACAUGAGAAUGGUCAUGACCUGCAGGAGACUGACCUCUGAGCUAGCCCUGGACUGACCGCCUGGGAUGGAAUCUCAGGGUGGGCCAAUCCCAGGCCAUGGGCCAAUCCCAAGCCAAGGGGCAAUGGCCUUGUGCUCUGAUUGGCUGGAUAGCUUCAUAUGCAAAUGAGCUCAGGACUGCCUGUCCACCCUAUUAAAAAAAGCAAAGCCACACCUCCAGAAGGUCAUUUUAUCCAGCACCCUGUUUCCAGCCAGCCCCUAGUCUUAGAUGCUACACCCCCACCUGCUGCCCGCUGCCCCAAAACGAGGCCAGAUUUUUCUACAAUAGAAAGGUGUUAGAGUCCUCUUUGGACAACAUGGGAAGCUUCCAGGUCCAACAUUAGGGUCUGAGAAAGAUCAUAGCUCUUUCCUGGGAGGUGUCUUAACCUUAGCAAGGAUUUUGGAGGUCUACAAACCAAGCCCCCUUCACACCAUUUGACAGGUGGAGAAAUAAGGCCUGGAGAGGGGCAAGAACUUGGCUAAGGUCACAGAGCAAACCAAAGACGAAUCCAGAGUUUGGCACCAGCUCUUCUUUUUCACCCCCUACCUGUUUUCCUCCCUUUGGAUGUUAUAUGGCCCCUGACCUUGGGAGCAAGAGGGGAGGAAGAAGGAGAAAUAAUGUUUCA